AUGCCGACGGGGCUGCCGGCGGCGAACUCCUCCGUCGUGACAGACGACGAGGGCUGGGUGUGGGCGCAGAUCAAGGCGGAGGCGCGCCGCGACGCGGAGUCGGAGCCGGCGCUUGCGAGUUACCUCUACUCGACGAUCCUUUCGCACUCCUCUCUCGAACGUUCUCUGUCGUUCCACCUUGGGAACAAGCUCUGUUCUUCUACGCUCCUCUCCACUCUCCUUUACGACCUCUUCCUCAACGCCUUCUCCUCUGACCCCUCCCUCCGCUCCGCCGCCGUUGCCGACCUCCGCGCUGCCCGCGAACGCGACCCCGCCUGCGUCUCGUACUCUCACUGCCUCCUCAAUUACAAAGGCUUCCUCGCCUGCCAGGCGCACCGAGUGGCACAUCUGUUGUGGCGGCAAUCACGGCGGCCGUUGGCAUUGGCACUGCACUCUCGCAUUGCUGAUGUGUUUGCGGUGGACAUUCACCCGGCGGCGAGGAUUGGGAAGGGGAUUCUGUUUGAUCAUGCCACUGGGGUGGUGGUGGGGGAGACAGCGGUGAUUGGGAACAAUGUCUCGAUUCUUCAUCAUGUUACGCUGGGUGGCACUGGCAAGGUUGGUGGUGACCGGCAUCCCAAGAUUGGGGAUGGAGUGCUUAUAGGUGCUGGUGCUACAAUUCUGGGAAACAUUAUGAUUGGGGAAGGUGCGAAGGUUGGUGCUGGGUCGGUGGUUUUGAUUGACGUGCCACCGCGGACGACUGCAGUUGGGAACCCAGCGAGGUUGGUUGGUGGGAAGGAGAAGCCCUCUAGGCAUGAGGAUGUGCCUGGGGAGUCCAUGGACCAUACUUCCUUUAUCUCUGAGUGGUCAGAUUAUAUCAUUUAA